AUGACGAGAUCAAAGUUUGAGAAGGAGAGAUGGUGGAAUUGGAAUUCAGGGUGCCAUCACAGCCCACAAUACACACUAGCCUGUAAAACGAUGGAAUUGCUAUCAUUAGAUUGCAAAGUCUUAAUCAUGUGCCCCACAAGCCAAUGCCAAGCAGCUUCCUCGAGUGAUGUUUCCAAAAGAGAAGAUAAAACCAAUUAUAACAAUAGUGGUAGUAGAGCAGGAGGAAGGAGGUUCCUUAACAAGUUUCUGGGUUGGUUUCAGAAAAUUAAGGUGAUGGAUGAGCUGAUAUCAUUGGGGAAAAUCACGGUGCCGCUAGUGAUUUCCGGCCUGAUUUUUUACUCUAAGUCCUUAAUCUCGAUGUUCUUUUUAGGGCAUCUUGGAAAAAUUGAGUUAGCCGGAGGCUCACUGGCAAUUGGAUUUGCGAACAUCACAGGCUACUCAGUAAUGAAAGGUCUAGCUACGGGGAUGGAACCUAUAUGUUGCCAGGCCUUUGGAGCAAAAAAGUGGACAGUUCUUAGUGAAACUUUUAAACAGACCCUCUGCCUACUAUUUCUCGGAGCCAUUCCAAUCAUCGUGUUAUGGUUGAACAUGGAGCCAAUCCUCCUUUUAAUUGGUCAAGAUAAGACCAUAACAUUAGUGGCAAAGGUAUUCCUUACAUACUCUAUUCCUGAAUUGCUUGCCCAAGCUCUCCUUAGUCCUUUAAGAAUUUUCUUAAGAGCCCAAAGUCUAAACCUACCUUUCACAAUUUCUGCAACUUGGGCCAUGAUACUACACCUUCCAAUCAAUUACUUCCUUGCAAUAUAUUUGGAUUUGGGGGUUAAAGGAGUCGCUCUAGCCUCUGCUUGCAACACAUUAAACAUAAAUUUAGCCUUGCUAGUUUAUCUUUUCUUUACAGAAACAACAAUAAAACCUUGGGAUGGUCAAAUGUUAACUAAUAGUUAUCGAGAUUGGCACUCACUAGUGUCGCUUAUGAUUCCAAGUGUUGCAUCUGUGUGUUUAGAAUGGUGGUGGUAUGAGAUAAUGGUGGUACUUUGUGGCUUAAUUAAUAAUCCAGAGACAAAUAUGGCUGCAAUAGGGAUUCUUAUACAAACAACAGGACUUUUAUAUGUUUUUCCUCAUUCUCUAAGUGCAAGUUUAUCUAUGCGUAUCGGGCAAGAGCUAGGUGCUGAAGCGCCUGCUCAGGCACGACAGACAACCAUUACAGGACUCAUCAUAGCAAUGGUAUGUGGAAUACUAGCUUUUACUUUCACAAUUGCAGUAAAAGAUGUGUGGGGAAAGUUGUAUACAUGUGAACCUGAGGUUUUAGCAUUGACAUCCGUUGUCCUACCAAUAUUAGGCUUUUGUGAGCUUGGUAACUGCCCUCAAACAGCAGCUUGUGGGAUCCUGAUAGGUUCUGCUAGGCCUAAUCUGGGUGCUUGUAUAAAUUUUUGCUCGUUUUACCUUGUUGGUUUGCCAGUUUCCAUUUUUGCAGCUUUUGGAUUAAAAAUGGGUUUCCUUGGGUUAUGGUUCGGGCUUGCUGCAGCACAAGUUACAUGUGUCUGUAUGAUGAUUUGCACUCUAGUUUUCACUGACUGGAAGCACCAAGCUAAGAGGGCUAAGGAGUUGACUCAAGCCACAAGAGACCACAAUAACGAUUUAGAAGCAAAUCUUCUAAGUUGAUUCCAGUUUGCUUAAGGAGCUGACUCAAACCACACAAGACCAACUAGUUAGAAGCAGAUCCUUUAAGUUUAUUUUAGUUUCCUACUAUUCAUAAGAACAGCCUUUUGUAACAUGAGAUGAUAAAAAAAGCUAGUUAGAAGCAGAUCCUCUAAGUUUAUUUUAGUUUCUACUAUUCACAAGAACAGUCCUUUGUAUUAUAAGAUAUCCAUCC